UACAGUAUUUCAGAAAACCGAUACUGAAAAUGGUACCGCAGGCAUAGCUACACAUCUGUAACAUGGUUUAAUGACGGCAAAGAUGCAAGGAAAACCUCAGACUGUGUGGACAGGCUGGCAUUCAAGUACAUGGUGAGAAUGUCAUAAAGCACGUGUUGCAUUAGAAAAUGUGCAGCCAGGAGAGAAAGGAGAAGUGUAAAGUGGAAUCCAGCACAGACUCCGAGUCGGACACAAGCCCCGAGGGAUGUGCCUCCAGUACACCUGAGAGUGGAGCUACCAGGAAGGUGCUGUCUUUGGCGCAGCAACACAGAGGCCGGUCUUCCCUGCCAUCUUGGGACCCCUAUGACGGCAGCUCUGAGGACUCCUCGGAUACGUCCAGGUGUUCCCGGAGCCGAAUCCAGGGGGGCAGUGGAUUGAGGUCCAGGACCCGGUCAGUGACCGCCGUGCCAGCCUCCUCUCCCAAGGCCCCGGGGAAGAGAGGCGACUCUCUGAAACUGGGUGAAAUACAGCUGCCUUCUGAUGUCCAGAUGAAGUCCUCCAGUGACUCGGAGGUGAGAUUUGGGGAACCUGUGUCCCCAAGGGGUGGCAAGGACUGGAGGGAGAUGCCUGUGGACUCAGGAGUGCAUACAGAGGCUUCACUCUCCACACCCGGACAGUUUGCCUUCCUAAGCUUCACCCCAGCCCGGCUGCCCGCAAGCACCUCAUACAGGAGCUGGACUGGGUCUCUCAGAGCACACCCCAGAUCUGAGGAGGGGUCCCCCGGAAGUCCUGAGCCACUAGCGUUCCUCCCCAAGCGCAAGUCGGGGUUCCCUGGGGCCGAGUCUGGCGAACGCUGCCUCAGGAAGAAACAGCGCACAGUUGAACUGGAGGACACAGAGUGAAGAACUGAAAUCCUUUCUGCUGUUGAUGAACAACACAUAAUUGUCUGAAGCAGUUCAUGAUGCACUUACUUUCCCAAUGCACUUUUUGUUUUCCUUAGACAUUUGAGUUGUAUGAUUUUGAAAAUUGUUACAAUCACAAGGGUAAUCAAGGACCUUGUUUUUUUUGUGAAUGCGGUUUAUUUGCAUGAUAAAAAUCACACAAUAAAGUUUAUCAUGGGUGAACAAA